AUGGCGGAGAAUAAUUACGUCCUUCGGGUCACGGCCGGCCCCGACUACGACGCAAAACAGCAGGUCGAUGUCAUUGUCAACACGGUUGAGCCCAUCAUCAUCAAGAGCGACCUCGCCGACAUCGAGCUCAACGUCCGCAUCCAGGAUUACAAGGGCCUACCUCGAAACUCACCAGAGACUUCAGCCUACUUCUCCACAGAGCCUCACGCCUACAACCAGGACCAGUACAGCAUCUCAUUCCGCUUCACUCCCAAGAAGCCUGCCAGUGACGAGAGCACUGGGAUCAAUGGCGCCAACUUGCAGUUUGGAAAUGACUUUGAUCACCCGAUUCGCGACCGUCUCCCUCCUGGGUUCGGUACUGCCAUGACCAUUGUGCGCUGGUGGAUCGAUCCUGGCUUGGAGGGUGAUGCCUAUGCCGACAAGCCGUUUCUUUAUGGCCCAGCUCUGAGCUCCUUCAACACCAUCCACGUGGGCACCGGUGAGUAUGACAAAGCCAAGGGUGGCCUCUGGUUCGAAGAAGGCGGUGAUGAAGCUGGUCUCAAGGCUCGUGAGGACAUUGGUGCUCCUCUUGACAACAAGGCCCGUAUGAAGUGGGCUCUAAGGGCGGACAGCAAAGAGAAGUGGGUGUUUGAGUACGGCAAGACGUACGGCUUCGACUUUUUUAACCCUUACCUCGACUUUUCCAACCUCGCAUUGAAGCUGCCCGGCUUUCAGCUACCGAUCAUGAAAUACUGGGAUGGCCAAGCACUCAGAUACGUCCUGCGGAACAAAGAGACUGAGGAGACGUACCUCGUCAUACUUUUCACGCUAUAUCACAAGGACUAUGUCAAUGAGGAUGGAACGCUCAAGGAGGGUGCUGAAGAGUCUCUACAUGAGCCGGCCCAGGCCCCCAUCUCUGGGAAUGACGGUACUUUUGACGAUGAUGAGGCACUCAAGGAGGCGAGUGAAAAGCUCGGGGCCAAGUGUGGAGAGGAAGAAAACGCGAGGACGAGUGUGGAUGAUGUCGACUGA